ACAGGUAUUCCAGUGAGCUACAGAGAUGUUGAAUCAAUCGAUCCGGAAUACGCCAACAACCUACAGUGGUUGUUGGACAAUGAGAUAGAUCCACUCUGUCUCGAACUCACCUUUUCCCUUGACACCGACAUGUUCGGGAAGAAUGAAGUCAUUGAACUAAAGCCAGGAGGAAGCUCCAUUUCCGUCUCCGAUGCUAACAAGGUACACGGACAUGCAAAAAUCAUCAUGAAAACGAUGUUUUAAGGCAAACUAAUUGAGCUACACUCAGGACAACACUUCGUUGCUAGACAACGUCUGGCGCUCAAGGCGCUAAAAGUGCAAGUGGUAGUGUGGCCGAGCGGUCUAAGGCGC